CAAUUAUAUAAAAUACGCGAGAGUUUGCGGGUGCUCUGACGCUGAACCACCGGUGCAAAAAGGAUGACUCGACACCGCAUAUCUGGAUCACAAAGUAUCAUCUACCUUGCCUCGACUUUUGCCGCAGCUCUCGCUAUGUGCAACGAUCCGGAUGCCAUUGCACCGAGCAAAAAUAUCAGCAUCGACAUUUCAAUUUCAAGACCCGAGAGCAGGUCCUCGGGAACUGCUUGCUCCAUUCACUUUCUUGGCAAUGAGCUUCAAACGAGACCUGUUGGAUGCUGCGUUAUUUGCCAAGGAUUAAAUCGAACGCUACCAGAUAAAACUCCUUGCUACGCCCUCCGUGCGGAAGAUGCUGAAAGGAUAGAAUCAUCCGCACAUCGAAGAUGCCCUCUCGGACUGUGUGAAAAUGGGGUGUGUUUGCCAACCGGGAAAUAUGAACUUUGUGCAAGUAAACUGAUCUAGAAUGCAACGUGA